AUGAAUUAUGAAUGGUUUUAAGAUGAUAAUCAAAUAAAAUUACGCUUUGAAAUCAAAAAUACUAAAAGUGAUAAUCUUGAUAUCUAAGUGGCUGAUGUAGUUGUUAAAGUAAAUGUUCUUGAUAAGAAAUUUGCUAAAACUAUUGAUUUAUUAGCUCCUGUACUUGAAGGCAAUAUUAAAUAUGGAGCAGAUAUACUUGAAGUUACUUUAAUUAAAGUAGAACCAGGAAAAUGGUCUCAAUUGAGUCCAUCACUUUCUAAAGAAGAAUUAAUUCAAAGAAGAAAAGAUGUAACUUAAAUAUAUUAUUCUAGGCAUUUUUUAGAAAGGAUCAAGAAAUUUAAGCUUAAAAGAAAUUAACACAAGAUCUCAAACAUUAAUUUGAUUAACAUGCUACUAAAGAAUAAAUUAAAGUUGAUGAUCGUGAAAGAAACCUAAUCAUAUAAAAAUAAGAACAAUAAAAAAGUGAAGCUAUUUCUGAUCUAUACAAUCAAAUUGGAUAGGAUUCAAAAUUUAACUAAAAAUAAUUACAUUCCUAAGAUUCAAAUGAUGUCUAAAUAGAAGAUAAAAUUAAAUAAUAUGAAGAAUAUGAAAAAUAAUAAGAAUUGAAACAAAAACCAAAUAAAUAAUUAUAGCCUAUAUCAGAAAACAAUGAUAUUUUUACAAAUGAGGAUAUUAAAAAAUAAGAGAAGUAAGCAAAGGGUCCAAUUCCAGAACCAAGAAAAGCAGCAGCAGUAUAAAUGACAUUUACAGAAAAAAUAUAUCCUCAUUUAGCUGCUAGAGAAUAACAUUUCAAAGAUGCUCCUGUUCCAAGAUAAAAAAAUAUUCCAAUCAAUGAAUAAAGAGAAAAUCCUCUCUUCCUUAAAGAUAAAGCUGAUGAGUUUUUUAGAAACAAAGAUUAUUACUCUGCAAUUAAUGCUUAUUCAGCUGCUUUUAAGUAUGAUAAUUAAAUGUAUACAUGUAUUUCGAAUAGAGCUGCAUGCUAUUUAGCUUUAUUUAAUUUUUAAGAAUGCAUUGAUGAUUGUCAAACAAUUAUCAAAUUAGAUAAAAAAGAUUAGUUACAUGAUAAAUGUUUAAAAAGACUAAAAGUAUGUUAAGCAUGGAAAGGUGAUUUAGACGAAGCUUUGAAUGGAAAUAUUCCAGAAGAAGUCAAACAAAUAAUUUAAAAAAGAAUAGACUCUAAUAAAUACAAAAAUCAGGGAGAUNUUAGUUCCACAAACAGUAUCGUAUGGUUAGGAAUUUACUGUAUAUGUUAUUAGUAAAACUAGUAAUAUCAUUUAAUUAAUAUAUAAUGAAUUAUGAAUGGUUUUAAGAUGAUAAUCAAAUAAAAUUACGCUUUGAAAUCAAAAAUACUAAAAGUGAUAAUCUUGAUAUCUAAGUGGCUGAUGUAGUUGUUAAAGUAAAUGUUCUUGAUAAGAAAUUUGCUAAAACUAUUGAUUUAUUAGCUCCUGUACUUGAAGGCAAUAUUAAAUAUGGAGCAGAUAUACUUGAAGUUACUUUAAUUAAAGUAGAACCAGGAAAAUGGUCUCAAUUGAGUCCAUCACUUUCUAAAGAAGAAUUAAUUCAAAGAAGAAAAGAUGUAACUUAAAUAUAUUAUUCUAGGCAUUUUUUAGAAAGGAUCAAGAAAUUUAAGCUUAAAAGAAAUUAACACAAGAUCUCAAACAUUAAUUUGAUUAACAUGCUACUAAAGAAUAAAUUAAAGUUGAUGAUCGUGAAAGAAACCUAAUCAUAUAAAAAUAAGAACAAUAAAAAAGUGAAGCUAUUUCUGAUCUAUACAAUCAAAUUGGAUAGGAUUCAAAAUUUAACUAAAAAUAAUUACAUUCCUAAGAUUCAAAUGAUGUCUAAAUAGAAGAUAAAAUUAAAUAAUAUGAAGAAUAUGAAAAAUAAUAAGAAUUGAAACAAAAACCAAAUAAAUAAUUAUAGCCUAUAUCAGAAAACAAUGAUAUUUUUACAAAUGAGGAUAUUAAAAAAUAAGAGAAGUAAGCAAAGGGUCCAAUUCCAGAACCAAGAAAAGCAGCAGCAGUAUAAAUGACAUUUACAGAAAAAAUAUAUCCUCAUUUAGCUGCUAGAGAAUAACAUUUCAAAGAUGCUCCUGUUCCAAGAUAAAAAAAUAUUCCAAUCAAUGAAUAAAGAGAAAAUCCUCUCUUCCUUAAAGAUAAAGCUGAUGAGUUUUUUAGAAACAAAGAUUAUUACUCUGCAAUUAAUGCUUAUUCAGCUGCUUUUAAGUAUGAUAAUUAAAUGUAUACAUGUAUUUCGAAUAGAGCUGCAUGCUAUUUAGCUUUAUUUAAUUUUUAAGAAUGCAUUGAUGAUUGUCAAACAAUUAUCAAAUUAGAUAAAAAAGAUUAGUUACAUGAUAAAUGUUUAAAAAGACUAAAAGUAUGUUAAGCAUGGAAAGGUGAUUUAGACGAAGCUUUGAAUGGAAAUAUUCCAGAAGAAGUCAAACAAAUAAUUUAAAAAAGAAUAGACUCUAAUAAAUACAAAAAUCAGGGAGAUGCAUAUAUGACUACUUCUCAAUAUUAAAAAGCUAUAGAAAUGUAUAUAAAAUCUCUCUAAAAUGAUGGUGAUAAUGAAUUAAGUCUAAGUAAUAUGGGUUUAGCAUAUAUGAAAUUAAAUUAAACUAAUAAAGCACUUGAAAGUAUCGAUAAAGCAAUUCAAAAAGUUAAACCUUUUUUAUAAUAUGUUAAUUUAAAUCCUAACAUUGGAAGGUAAAGUUCAUAUGCUGGUAAUGAAUUUCUACUUAAAAAUUUAAUGAAAAAAUCAAAUUGUUUAUUUGAAUUAAAUUAAGAAUAAGAUGCUUUAAAUACAGUUAAAUAAGCAUUGAUUAUAGAUGAAACUAAUGCUGAAGCUAGAAGUAUUAUGAAUAAGAUUCAAGAUAAAUUAAUUAAAUCAGAGGUACUAAAAUUAAAGGAGAUUGCAACAGAAAGAUUAAAAUAAUAAAAAUAUUCAGAUUCAUUAGAAUUAUAUAAUGAAUGUCUAAAGAAAUUAAAUCCUUAAGAAGAUUUAAUGGAUUUCUUAGCUGUAUUAUUAAAUAGAUGCAUUUGCUGUUACUUUUUAAAUUAAUUUGAUGAGAUUGUUGGUUCAUGCACAAGAGGAAUUAAAAUAAUAUAAAUUUAACAAAAUAAGUAUUUUUUUUUAAAUAUAAAUUAAGAAUUUUAUCUUUCGAAAAGAUUACAAAAGAAUAAAGAGAUAAAUUAUAAGAUUUUUUAGUAAGAUUUUAUGUUCGUAGAUCGAAUGCAUAUGUAAAAUAAAAUUAAAUUUAUCAUGCAAAAUGUGAUUUAUAGGAAGCUUUGAAAUUAGAUCCUUAAAAUGAAUAAAUAAAAAAAGAUUUAGAAAAGUUGAAGUGA